AACCAUUAUGUUCCGCUUCUAUAAAAGUGUUAUUCUAGGGACAUGUGGUAACUUAACCCAACUUUCUUAGCAUGUGUGGCCGAUAAACAAACGUAAAAAUGGGCAAAAAAGAACAGUUUUUAAAACGAAAAUUAGAAAAAUCGGCCGAGGAAAGUGACGAGCCUGAUUCUGGUGCAGAGUCUGUCGAGAAUGAGGAGCUUUUGAAUGUUGUAAAUGGGGAAGACGCCGACAGCUCCGACUCCGAUGGCGAAAUUGAAGAAAGCGACGAAGAUUUGAACGACUCCGAUGAUGAAAUUGAAGAAAGCGAUGAAGACGAUUCAAACACCACCGAUGAAGAAAGCGACGAAAACGAGCUGGAGAAUGAAGAAAACGCCGCCGAAGACACCGCCAACCCAGCAAGAGACGAAUACUCCUCGCACGACACCUCCGACGAGGAGGACAUCCGCACCACCGUGGGCAACAUCCCCAUGAACUGGUACGACGACUUCAAACACCUGGGCUACGACUGGGACGGCAACCAGAUCAUCAAGCCCGAGUCGGGCGACCUCCUCGACACCUUCCUCAAGCGCAUGGAAGACCCCGACUUCUGGCGCACCGUCAAAGACCCGCAAACCGGCCAAAACGUCGUCCUCUCCGACGCCGACAUCGACCUCAUCAAGCGCCUCAAAGCCAACCAAAUCCCGGACGCCACCUUCGACGAAUACGCCCCGUGGAUCGAAUGGUUCACGUCCGAGGUGAUGAAAACACCGCUCCGGAAAUUCCCCGAACACAAGCGCUCCUUCCUGCCGAGCAAAAGCGACGCCAAGAAAGUCUCCAAGCUGGUGCACGCCCUGAAGAUGGGCUGGAUCAAGACGCGGGCCGAGGCCGAAAAACUGCGCGCGAAGAAAGAGCCCGAGUUUUACAUGUUGUGGGCCACCGAUGACCAGGCCGAAGACAUGAGGCGCAUUCACAAACACAUACCGGCACCGAAGCGCCUCCUGCCUGGCCAUGCCGAGUCAUAUAACCCACCACCGGAGUAUUUAUUCGAUGAAAAAGAACUCAAACAGUGGAAUAAACAUAAAAACGCCCCCUGGAAACGGAAAUUACAUUUCGUGCCACAAAAGUUCGAGUCACUGAGACACGUUCCAGCGUACCCUCGAUACAUAAAAGAGAGGUUUUUGCGCUGUUUGGACUUGUAUUUGUGCCCCCGUGGGAUUAAAAUGAAACUGAACAUCGAGCCUGAAGCUUUGGUGCCCAAACUCCCGAGUCCGAAAGACCUACAACCGUUCCCCACCACUCUCUCGAUUGAAUACAAGGGACAUGGCGACAUGGUCCGUACCAUAAGUACCGAUAAAAUCGGCCAGUACCUAGUGAGCGGUUCCGAUGAUGGUACCAUCAAAUUAUGGGAGGUUAAUACCGGGCGUUGCCUCAAAACGAUUGACACGGGGGGCGUGGUCCGUUCAGUCGAGUGGUGCCCUAACCCCGCCCUUUCCUUGAUCCUUGUCGCCGCCUCCAACCGUGUCCUGCUAAUCAACCCGCACCUUGGCGACACUUUGAUCACUUCCAAGACGGAUUCGGUCCUCGAAACCGCCCCCCAAAGCGACGCAAUCGUGAGCGAACGAAUCAAAACCACCGUCGAAUGGUCGGAAUCAAUCGACCCGAAAGAGUACACUCAAGGCGUCCGAAUCGCCCUCAAACACUUCAAGGAAGUGGCCCAGGUCACGUGGCACGGCAAGGGCGACUACUUCGCCACUGUGAUGCCCGACGGCCUCAACCGCUCGGUUCUAAUCAGUCAGAUCAGCCGUCGCAGGUCGCAAAUCCCCUUCACCAAGUCCAAAGGCCUAGUCCAGUGUGUUUUAUUCCACCCGACCAAACCCUGCCUCUUUGUGGCCACGCAGCGACACGUCCGCAUCUACGACCUGGUGAAGCAAACCUUGAUGAAGAAGCUGCUGACGAACUCCAAGUGGAUUUCCACCAUGGCCAUACACCCAGGCGGUGAUAAUCUUCUAGUGGGGACGUACGAUCGCAAAAUGUUGUGGUUUGACCUGGAUUUGUCCACCAAGCCGUACCAGACCUUGAGGCUUCACGGGACGGCGGUCCGCGGGGUGGCCUUCCAUAAGCGGUACCCGCUUUUCGCCUCCGGGUCCGAUGAUAAGAGCUUGAUUGUGUGUCACGGGAUGGUGUACAACGACUUGCUGAAAAAUCCACUGAUUGUGCCCCUGAAACGGCUGCAGGAUCACGAAACGAACAACGAUUUUGGCAUCUUUGGGGUGCUUUUCCACCCGUUGCAACCGUGGGUGUUCUCCUCGGGGGCCGACGGGACCAUCAAGUUGUAUUCUAAUUAAUAAAUUUUUACGGAAAA